AACUGGCUGUGUGUUUGUGUCUACAGGCCUCGCUCGGUGGGGGGCCACGGCAGGAUGUACUGGGGCCCCAGCUGCUCCCAGAACCGGCCCCAGGAGCCGCGCAGCCGCCACCGCCUCUCUACCGUCAUUCAGCCGCUGCGCCAGAGCGCCGGGGAGGUGGUGGACCUCACAGUGGACGAGGAUGAUCUCUCUGUCGUGCCAUCCACCUCUGACAGCAUUCACCCUCAGACUGUCAGCUCCUCCUCUUCAUCCUCCUCUCAUCAUACCUCUACCUCAGAGCCCCACGAUGCUCCGGGCCCCUCCACCAGCUGCCCUGGUCAAGKCCCAGCCCCAGACAGCACGCUGGCACAGGGGCCAAGGGGUACCGCAGGCACAGAGGAUGAGAGCAGAAGAGGAUCGUCCGGCGUGGCAGGAGAGAGUGGGAGCACGGCCAUGCCCAGGUUACCCUCCUGCUGCCCGCAGCACUCCCCCUGCGGAGGGCCCUCCCCUGGUCACAUGACCCUGGGCCAUUCCAGCUGCCUGCAGGCCCAGCCCUCCCAGCAGCCGGGCUCCCAGCAGCACAGCCACGCCCACCACUUCCACCACCACCAUCACCAUGUGCCUCAGCACCCACCUCCACCCACUCUGCCCUUUCCUGAGCCCAGCUGCCCCCUAGAGAGGCCCACUGCCCUACCUGCACCAUGCAGAGGGGGAGGGGUCAGCAGCAGCAGCUCCACCCAAUACCACGACCAGGUAGGCCUGAGUGUUGAUGCUCAGAUGCCCUGUUGUUUUUUACGUUGUAGCAUUGGAG